AUGGUGUCGUAUAAGGUGACAGUCGUGACCAAAACCAGCGUUCACAGUGCAUUUGGAUCACCCAUUUACAUACAGUUAAUUGGUAACGAGGAUUCAAGUGACGUCACCAUUCUUAAACCUGGUGACGAUGUCCCAGUCGACCCUGAUAACUACGCACUGUUUCAAGCUGGACAAACCGAUGUGUUCGACAUAGAUACCAAAUCUAUAGAUGAAAUCAAUCAAAUUAAAAUAGGGUUCUGUGAGACUGGAUUCGUAGACGGAUGGUCACCUCACUACAUUGCAAUUGAAAACUCUUCAACAAACAAGAACUCGUAUUAUGUUCACGACGGGGAUUUCAGGAAAUGGAAGGGUGGAAUUCUCACCCUGUCUGUAUCGAACAAUGCCCCACCGGACCCACAGGGCGCCAUUAAUAUUAUAAUGGGUCCCAUCCUUGGCUGCCGUGCAUUGUCUAUAGAAAAUGAAUACGAAGUGUGCGUCUUAAUUGUGACGUCAAAGAACGAGGCCACGUUGCCGCCUGUGACGUUCACUUACGUCACAGCUGACCAAAGCAAAUCAUCGAACGGAAGGAGCUGUGACGCCAUUGUCAUAGCUGAAUCGAAAGACAAAACACAGGCGCUACGAUUGGAGCGUUCCAUGGGACAACACUCAGGUACCUGUACAUAUACGCUACCUGAUGGGCGUAGUUUCGAUUGCUGUAUACAAUCUCAACGAUCGGCCCCUCGAUUUACAUUCGGGUCUUGUGCCGGUUUGACCGCUGAUGAUGAAAUAAAGGACCAUCCUAACAGAAAUAUUAUGUGGCUACACAUGCGCAACGAACAUGAAUCACAACCUGUUCAUUUAAUGGUAAUGGCUGGAGAUCAAGUCUAUGCGGAUAGUGUGAUAACACAGUGCCCAAGUCUGGUAAAAUGGUCAAAUUUGUCGAGAGAAGAGAGGGAGACUGCCCCACUUACUGAUGAAAUGAAAGAUGAAAUUGAUGAGUAUUUUUUCAACCUAUAUUGUACAAGAUGGCGAGAACCUGAACCAGCCUGGAUGUAUGCUCGGGUGCCUUCUAUUAUGAUGUUUAGAGAACCGGAUGACGUCAUGGGACCUAAAAGUGACAAAAAGAAGUCGGCAAAUAAAGGCAAUAAAGAAGACGGGACAAUACAUGGUACCAACUCGUCACUGGGUGGUUUCUCGGGUAGCCCUCCGCGUAAAGAAAAAAGUGCGUCACUGGAAGGAGAGGAAGUUUCCCUGGAAUUGGUUUAUUCUCUAUUGAAAGAGCUAAUGAAGAAAACAGAUAAACACUACGAAAAGGUUCAAAAGAUUCAGAUGAAACUAAAUGAAGUAGAAGAGCGUCGCUGA